AACAAAAAAAAAAAUAAUAAUAAUAGUUUGGCUUUUAAAUUGUCCUCGUGGUCUUGAAGAUGUUUAAGUGAUUUCUUGACAUUUGCACUUCAGGGCCACCGUAGUUUUUGGCAUUUUUAGAGGUGGUAAGUAAUUUAAUUAAAAAUAUAUAGUGCUGGCUUUGCCCCCCUUUUUAUUAGCCCCCCCCAGAGAAAAUUGCUCCGUGCGCCCCUGCGCGCACGAGCACAGACCCGCUGCUGAUGGAUUGAUCGCUAUCGAGGAGACAGGAGCGUCGCCUCCAGAGGUCCACGGAGGAGCAGCAGGAGGAGGACAGGAAGGAGGAGGAGGAGGAGGCUCUCUCUGCUCUGCGCAUCACAUCACAUCUGAUGAAAAACGACGACCAAAACACCGACUCCUGGAGAGACGCCACGGCCACGCUCCGUCCCUCAUUUCCGUUGCGGGGGUGACCUGUCAGGUGCUCCACGCGCCUCCACGUCGGGAGCCGCGCGCGCGCCUCAGCUCAAAGGAAAUGCUGUCUCACCUAAGUGAUCUGCGCUCUGUCGUCGGCUCCUUCGUCCCUCAGCGACCGCGUUGCCACUGAUUGGAUGGGUUUCGUGCCCCCCAGCGCAGGAGAAAAGCCUCGAAAUCGGGAUGCAAAAUCUCGGGUUGAUACCUCUGAAGCUGUCAGCCGACCCGAAAUAGAACCGGAACCGCCGCAACGACCCACCGAUUCAACAAUGGAAAGACCUUCAGCAUGUUGACGUAAAGGAUGUUUGACGAUAGAGGACCUGGAAGUGAAGCCAUGGUCAUCACUGAAAGAAAUAAUGGCACCCCUGUGCCGGAAAAGGGGUCCCAGAAGAAGAAGAAGUCCCGCCCCCAUGGCCUGCCGUCGCCGGCGCUCUGCUGUGCUUGUGGACUCUGCAUCAUGCUGGCAGGACUCAACAUCACCCUGGUGGGAGCGUUCGCCUUCACCACACUGGUGCCUUCCGCCAACCCCCCCAUCAUCAUCGGACCCGUCCUGCUGCUGGUGGCCUUCUCCUUUUUUGGGGCCUGUUGCGUGUGCAGCCGCCUCCCUCCGCCCCACAGCUCCCGGGGGUCAAACGUUAGCAGCAGGGGCACGGGGUUGAUCGGACGCAGCGGGCUGGCCGGCGGGGCGGCGUUCGAAAUAGAGACCAGCGAGCACACCCUGCAAGACACAACGGCCGUGCAGCUGAGCCCCACGUCGUCUCCCGGGUCGUCCCGAGCCUCCAGCCCUGACGUAGAGGCCCCUGAGGGGGCCCCGCCGGGACCCUGCAAGCUUUUUACCACCGAGACCAACGGUCCCACAUGCGUUUCUGCCGCCUUCUCGGCCUCAGGAGCAGGGGAUGGGGAGGUUCGGCUCAGCCUGCCCCGAGAAGAAGUGGUGACCUAAGGCAGGGGUGUCAAUCGCACAAGGGGCCAAAAUCCAAAACACACCUUAGGUCGCGGGCCGAACAGGAUACACAUUCGUUAAACCCUCUAAAGAAACAUUUUUAAAACUUUAAAACCUUAAC